GCGCUUGGGCGGGGCGGCCCCGGGGGAGCGGGGUCGAGCAGAACCGCUGCAGCAUCCGCCGGGCGGCCCCAGCUUGGCUUCUCGGCCGCUUCCCCGGGGGCCGCUGGAGUCGGUUUGCUGCUCAGAACCCAGAAUGCGUGAGGGAAGGAAGCGACCACAGCCCUUGGCUAAGGACAGUCGCUUUCUAGAGGGUUGUCUGAAUUUUGUUCUCUGCCAGGUGUGCUGAAGAUGCUGCUGACCAUGCUGAAUGUGUUGCUGAUGGUCCUGCCUGUCUCCAAGACCCCUUCCCUGGAAGGAUUUUAGGGGUUGCCUCGCAGAUCAAUGGACCUGGACCCCUAUGCCAGCAUGCAGGUUGGGAUGCGGGUGGUUCGUGGAGUGGACUGGAAGUGGGGCAGCCAGGACAAUGGUGAAGGGAAUGUUGGGACUGUGGUUGAGAUUGGUCGGACAGGCAGCCCAACCACUCCUGAUAAGACUGUGGUGGUGCAGUGGGACCAGGGCAACAGAACCAACUACCGCACCGGCUUCCAAGGGGCUUACGACCUCCUCCUGUACGACAACGCACAAAUAGGUGUCCGUCACCCUAACAUCAUCUGUGACUUUUGCAAGAAGCACGGGAUACGGGGGAUGAGGUGGAAAUGCAAGAUGUGUUUUGACUACGACUUGUGCACACAGUGUUACAUGAACAACAAGCACGAUCUGUCUCACGCCUUCGAGCGCUACGAGACCGCGCACUCCCAACCAGUCCUCGUGAGUCCUCGACAGAAUCUGACUCGCAUCACAUUAAAAGGAACUUUCCAGGGGGCUAAAGUAGUCCGUGGCCCUGACUGGGAGUGGGGUAACCAGGAUGGUGGUGAAGGUAAAACUGGACGUGUGGUUGAUAUUCGUGGCUGGGAUGUGGAGACAGGACGCAGCGUGGCCAGUGUCACCUGGGCUGAUGGCACCACAAAUGUCUACAGAGUUGGACACAAGGGAAAGGUGGACCUGAAAUGUACUGUGGAGGCACCUGGUGGCUUUUACUACAAAGAGCAUCUCCCAAAAUUAGGAAAACCAGCUGAGCUGCAGAGGAAAGAAAGCACAGACAGGCAUCCAUUCCAGCAUGGGGACAAGGUGAAGUGCCUGCUGGACAUUGACAUCUUGAGGGAGAUGCAGGAGGGCCAUGGUGGCUGGAAUCCUAAAAUGGCUGAGUUCAUUGGCCAGACAGGGACUGUGCACAGAAUCACAGACAGAGGGGACGUGAGGGUCCAGUUCAACAGUGAGACCCGCUGGACUUUCCAUCCUGGAGCUCUGACUAAGCUCAACACCUUUUGGGUUGGUGAUGUUGUCCGGGUGAUAGAUGAUAUGGACACAGUGAAGAGGUUCCAACCUGGUCAUGGGGAGUGGACAGAUGAGAUGGCUCCUACCCUGGGGCACAUUGGGAAGGUGAUCAAGGUCUAUGGGGAUGGAGAUCUGAGGGUGUCAGUGGGAGGGCAGUCCUGGACCUUUAACCCAGCGUGCCUGACGUCCUACCAGAGAGAGGAGGAAGCAAACCUCAUGACAACAGAGAAUGCAAAGGAAUCAAAAAGUACUUUGAUUACUGUACUGGAGAAGCUGCUGUCCCAGAAGGCAGAAUCAGAGCAUGCAGGCUGCCUGGUCAUUGCUGCAGCACUCAACAAUGCAGCUAAAGUUCGGGAGCUCCUGCAGAAGUACCCAGACAAGGUGGAUGCCAAGAACCAGGGCAGAACUGCUCUGCAGAUUGCCUCCUACCAGGGGCAUCUGGAUGUUGUGAAGAUCUUGCUGCAGGCCCAUGCCAAUGUCAACCUGAGGGAUGAGGAGGGGGACACAGCACUGCACUAUGCAGCCUUUGGAAACCAAGCUGAGGUUGCCCGUGUGCUUAUUGGUAAAGGAGCCAGUGCAGACCUGUUGAACAAUGCAAAGUGCACAGCACUGUUUGUUGCUGUCAGCCAAGGAUUCACAGAGGUGGUGCGGGCCCUCUGUGAGCUCAACUGUGAUGUCAACCUCCCAGAUUCCCAGGGAGACACCCCACUGCAUUAUGCUAUCACUGCAGAUUACAAAGUCCUUAUUGAGAUUCUCACUGAAGUACCCAACAUUGACUUCACUGUCCAGAAUUGUCAAGGCUUCAAUCUGCUCCACUUUUCUGCUCUAAAAGGCAACAAGCUAGCCAUAAAGAAGAUUCUGGCAAGAGCUCGGCAGCUGGUUGACUCCAAAAAGGAAGAUGGCUUCACUGCCCUGCACCUUGCUGCUCUCAAUAAUCACAAAGAAGUGGCAGAAAUUCUCAUCAAAGAGGGUCGCUGUGAUGUCAACCUGAAGAACAACCGGAACCAGACACCGCUGCACCUGGCUGUCAUCCAGGGACAUGUGGGCAUGGUGCAGCUGCUGGUCAGUGAGGGCAGUGAUGUCAAUGCUGAAGAUGAAGAUGGGGACACAGCCAUGCACAUCGCCUUGGAAAGGCAGCAGCUGAUGUCUGUCAUGAUGGAGAAGCGGGAAGGGGAGAUGGGGCUGUCCCUCCUUUCCAAGCUGCAGUCUUUUGGCUUUCUUGGGAAUGUAGAGCUGAAUGUUGGAACUGCCAUUGCAUGUUACUUAGCACAAGAAGGAGCAGAUAUUAAUUAUGCAAAUCAUCGGGGAAAGGCUCCUGUAGAUCUCAUUACAGAUGGAAGGAUUCUCCAGAUCGUCAAAGACUUCUCACAGAAAUUCAGGGAACAGCAGGUUUCCUCAGAGAACUCAGCCAUCACCUGCAGCCUUCGCCGUGUGCACACCACCCCCAACACAAUGACCAACCUGAGUGUCCCCAGCCUGGCAGUGCCCACAGAGUGCCUGGUCUGCUCAGAGCUGGCCCUGCUCAUACAUUUCUUCCCAUGCCAGCACAGAAUUGUAUGUGAAGAAUGCUCCAGGAGAAUGAAGAAGUGCAUCAAAUGUCAAGUGACAAUAACCAAAAAACUGAAACAAGACAGCACUGAGGUGGAGUGCAGCCCCAGCUCUGAGUCCACGGAGCAGAGGAAGCUGAUGGAGGAGCUGCAGAGCCGCUACCGGCAGAUGGAGGAGCGCAUCACCUGCCCCAUCUGCAUCGAUGACCAGAUCAAACUGGUCUUCCAGUGUGGACAUGGCUCCUGCCCAGACUGCAGCACAGCCCUCACUGUCUGCCCCAUCUGCAGGCAGGCUAUCCGGGAGAGGAUUCAGAUCUUUGUCUAAGGAUGUGCUUGCUUCCCUGCCCCGUUCCCACCUCCCUCCUUUACUUCCUUUUCGUUUGCGUUUUUAGCUGAGGAGUGCUGGUCAGGCUGAUGUGUUUGGCUGUCUGCAAAGCCAUCCUGAGAGAGAGGGCAGCAAAUACCUGAUGUGACUUGGGUGGAGGGGGAAGGAGUCCCCUCUGCUUGCAGUGUCAUCAGCCAAGGAGCAGAGUGUGAAGGCCAGCAGCCCCCUCCUCUUUGCUGCUGAUCCAUCAGAAAGACCUGAAGAACAUUGACCUGUCUGCUGGAAGAGUGGAAAGAAGAGACUUUCAGACCAGAGGUGAACAGACUUCCACAUUCAGGUAUUUCCAAGGACAUUCAGCUCUGGUGACAGUGUCAUGCCUAGUGCCCCAGAGCAUCAGGUCCACAGCCUGGCACUGCUCUAGAAGGAGCUGCAGAAGGAGGACAGACCUUGCACCCUGGCAAGCAACAGCACAGCCUGAGCUUGCACCUCACCUGAGCAGAUCCCAGAGGAGAUCAGUGGUGGUGUCAGUUCUCCCAGCUGCCUGGCAGUGGUAGGGAGGUGAUGUCCUACCAUAGCCUGCUCUCCACUACUGCUUUUGGGCUCAACUUGGACUGACAGAGGCAAACCUGGAUGUAAUGAGAUCCUAAAGACAGAGUGUGUGCCUUAGAGAUUAAGUAGUGAACACUGAUUGGAGAAAAUAUGUUGUUACAACAAAUAUUUCUAACCUCUAAGUGACACUCUUCUUCCAUAUUUUUUUGGGGGGGGCACAACUGUUUGUUCAGAGACUCCUGAGCUUUCUAUCCAUAAUGCCAAAGGCAGGUGUUAAAUACUCCAAUCAGAGUGUAAAGAAAA